CCCCACCCUGCAAGAAUGCGACCACAUAGUAAAAAAACAAGUCGUUGUGUCGCCUCCAGUCGGUCGAGUCAGAGACGCUCCAGCAUGCAGCCGCUCAUCGUGCCCGCUCUGCUGGCAUCCUGCCUGUGGACCCUGUGCACAGGAGCCGGAGAAUGGUGCUAUCAGUCCCAGUUUACCUGUGAUCAUCAGUGCAAUGCACCUGAAAAGUGGAACCACGCUAACAGCAACUGUGCGGGAAAACUCCAGUCGCCCAUCAACGUCGUCACCAGAAAGACUCUGAAAGACGAUCGUCUGACUCCUUUUCAGUUCAACAACUACCAGCAGACCUUCAGAGGCACACUCAAGAACAAUGGCCACUCAGUUCAGGUUGGAGUUCCCCACAUCAGCACCAUCUCAGGUGGACACCUGCCGACCAUCUACAAGGCCGUACAGUUCCACCUCCACUGGGGCCACAAUGGAGGGCCUGGCUCUGAGCAUACCAUCGAUGGAGAGCAGUAUCCCAUGGAGCUGCACAUUGUUCACAUGAAGCACCAUUACACUGACCUGACAACAGCCCUGUCAGACCCAGAAGGAGUUGCUGUCCUUGGGUUUUUCUAUGAGAGGUCCAACAGUGGAAACCGAAAGUACGACCCAGUCAUCAACGCUCUGCGAAGCAUAACAACUACAAAUGACAACACAACUCUGUCUAGCAUUUCCCUGACACAGCUGAUCCCGUCUGAGCAGAAUCUGACCAGCUACUACCGCUACAAGGGCUCUCUGACCACCCCAGGGUGCACCGAGGCUGUGAUCUGGACUUUGUUUGAGACCCCCAUCCCUCUGAGCAUGGACCAGCUGCGGGUCUUCUCCGACCUCAAGUUUCGCGACGGAAAGCCAAUGGUUGGGACUUUCAGGCCCGUCCAGCCCUUGAACGGCCGGCAGGUGUUCCGGUCGGGAAGUGCAGUGAUCCUGGCCAGCUCCGCCCUCCUUGUCGCCGCCAUGGCCACGGCCCUGGGACUGUCCCGUCCCAACUAGAGCUGCUCUGCAACAUCCAUGAACACAAUACGUCUGUAUCACUCUUCAGCUGAACCCCCAGUUUGUAACUUCAUAUAUUGCAUGGUUGCUAAGAUGAUCAACCACAUUGUAGUGCAGGCAUAACUCACCUGGUAGUCUUCCCUUAUGACACAAAUGACAAAGGCGUUGGAGAAAUGCCUUAUGAAAGGUGCCGUAAGGGUUUGAUCAGCAUUCAUGCAUGCGUAGUGAAGAAGUAGGUCUUAUUUUAACAUUAUGAAUGUGCCAUAAAGCAGCAGGUAAACAAGCACUCAAAGUGACAGCUGAAUUCAACACCACAGACCCUCAGUCAUGCCCUUAAUUUUUCACAGUCUGCUCCUUUAAACACCAGCACAUAAACACAUCCUCGGACACUUUAAACCCCAUCCACCUUGUCCAAUGUCAGGUUAAUUUAGUUUCCGCUAAUGUCAGUGUGAGUAGCCGAUGGUUUGUGCUCUGAGCACAACAGCCAGCCCCAUGACACCGCACGUGACGUGUCGUUCUCAAUGGGGCAUGGGAAAGGCACAGAGCUAUUAAUAGCACAACUGAGUCAAGCUCCAUUUCAAAGCCAGCGGUCAAAGGAGUCAGCACUUUUUUUUUUUCAAAGUCCAGGAGCUCACAGCACAGCCGUCAGGUGAACUCCUCACAGUCACUCAGUCAGCAGUAGGUUUGGGCCAUUCUCUACAGGAAUCAGAAAAUGAAAAUCCAUGAUGAACAGCCACGCUGUUCUGAGAGCAGAGCUACAGGCUGCCUCCUCCUACAGUCAGAGGCUACCUGAGACAAACAUGAUGCUACAGAGAUGCUUAUGCUAACAGAGGGCCACAGAGUGAUGUCUCAGGGAAGAGGGCACAGCAACACUUAUGAAAAAUCCACCGAAGUGUGUCACUUCUCUUUUCCAAACCAGCGACAUUAUCCUCAUGCACAUCAGCACUCGCAUAAAUCCGCAUGUCUCGAUGUUCUAGAUGUUCAUUAUUGACUACAUGCACAUGGCUGCUGGAGUGACGCUGCAUACACAAAACCAUGCUCGCCAAAUUCAUAACUCACACUCCUCUGUCACUCCCAUUUCCCAUUGUUGACCUGCAAAGUUCAGUGAGCUUAUCUGGAGAGCAUGUGACCGUGUUCAUGGCUUGUAUUACAGGGUCUUGGAUGCACUGAAUGUUAUCGACUGUGAAUUACACAACACUGAGUUCUCGCUCAUUUAUUCAGGGGGACUCGUCAUGUAUUCUAGUGAGAGUGCAAUUCGACAGCAGGAUUUAUUGUGAUGAUCAAGCAAGGAAUCUGUAUAUUUUCCAUUGUUUCAUAAGUUAUCAAGUUAUAUUUUUAUGCUGUGUCAUUGUACACAUGUAUUUAUGUAUUGAAUGUGUAUAUUAAUAUGAGACGCACAGUCAUUGUUAUUUAUGUAUUGCAAAGUUUAUAUAGCAUUGAAUGCAUAUAUGAAGUAUCAAGUUGUUCACGACCAAUCGAGUUUACUUAUGAUGUGGAUGAGAUUGUCAGGUUGUAAUGCUUGAAAAUGUCAUUAAUAAUAUGGAGAAUGUGUUCCAACUGAACAAUAAACUACCUACAUGCCUUUUUAAA